AUGGCCACCGCCCAGCCCACCGAGAACGGCUCCGCGAAGGUUACGGAACCCGACCCGCAGCAACCCACAUCCGAAACCACCACCGCCCCAAUAACCGUACACGAGUCCGACCAAACAGCCACCACCACAACGGCAGAUAACAAUCCGAACCAAAAUCUCGAACUCGACUCCGGUCCCCAACCGGAGCCCGGCGCCCAGGAAACUACAACGACCGUUAGCGGCGAUGCCACCUCAAUCGCCGAUAAAAGAUGGCCGGGUUGGCCCGGGGACUGUGUGUUUCGGCUAAUUGUGCCGGUUCUCAAGGUCGGUAGCAUUAUCGGCCGAAAAGGCGAGCUCAUUAAGAAGAUGUGUGAGGAGACCCGAGCUCGCAUUCGGGUCCUCGACGGCGCCGUUGGAACUCCUGAUCGCAUCGUGCUGAUCUCUGGAAGGGAAGAGCCAGAGGCUCCUCUGUCCCCUGCAAUGGAUGCUGUAAUAAGAAUAUUUAAACGUAUCUCUGGCUUAGCUGAUAGUGAGGGUGAUGCAAAAGUGUCCGGUCCUGCUGGAGUUGCAUUCUGUUCCAUCCGCUUGUUGGUAGCAUCCACACAAGCAAUUAAUUUAAUUGGAAAACAAGGGUCAUUAAUCAAAUCUAUACAGGAGAGUACCGGGGCUUCUGUGCGAGUAUUGUCUGGGGAUGAGGUUCCAUUCUAUGCUGCUGCAGACGAAAGGAUUGUUGAAUUGCAGGGAGAAGCUUUAAAGGUUCUCAAAGCUGUAGAAGCAGUAGUGGCUCACCUGAGGAAGUUUUUGGUUGAUCAUAGUGUUCUUCCACUUUUUGAGAAGACGUACAAUGCAACCAUCUCACAAGAGCGCCAACCAGAUACCUGGGCUGACAAAUCGUUGCUGCAUACUGCUUCUCAAACGGGAGUUAGCACUAAUUAUUCUCUCUCAGCAAAAAGGGAAUCUUUGUUUCUGGAUCGUGAAACUCAAUUAGAAUCACAACUCCCUUCCGCUGGCAUUUCACUUUAUGGAAAAGAUCCUUCUAUCUAUGGAAAAGAUCCUUCUAUUUAUGGAAAAGAUCCAUCUAUUUAUGGGCAAGAUCCUUCUAUUUAUGGACAAGAUCCUUCUCUUUCUUCUAUCCGUUCUUCAGGGAUUGGUCGGCCUGGUGCUCCUAUUGUUACUCAGAUUGCACAAACAAUGCAAAUUCCUCUAUCUUAUGCCGAGGACAUUAUUGGGGUUGAAGGUUCAAAUAUUGCAUUCAUUCGCCGUAGUAGCGGAGCCAUCUUAACUGUGCAAGAGAGCAGGGGACUACCUGAUGAAAUUACCGUAGAAAUAAAGGGCACCUCAUCACAGGUUCAAAUGGCUCAGCAACUGAUUCAGGAAGUUAUAAACAGUCGCAAGGAACCAGUUACAAGUAGCUAUGGCAGGCUAGAUACUGGAAUGAGGUCAUCCUACAGUCAGUUAGGUGCUUCAUCUUACCCUUCAUCUUCAUUACCGUCACAACCGUAUGGUGGUGGGUAUGGAUCUUCUGGUCUAGGAGGAGGCUACAGCACUUUCAGGCUUUGA